AUGGAACAGAGAGGCACAGAGCAGAACAGAGAGAUACAGGGCAGAACAGAGACACAGAGUGGAACAGAGGGGUACAGGGCAGAAAAGAGCAGAACACAGUGGCACAGGGCAGAACAGAGAGACACAGAGUGGAACAGAGAGACACAGAGUGGAAAAGAGAGGAACAGUGCAGAGGAGAGAGUCACAGAGUGGAACAGAGAGGCACAGAGAGACACAAAGUGGAACAGUGAGACACAGAGCAGAACAGAGACACAGAGCAGAACAGAGAGUCACAGGGAAGAACAGCGAAUCACACGGCAGAACAGAGCAGCACAGAGCGGAAUAGAGAGUCACAGGGUGGUACAGAGAGACACAGAGUGGAACACAGAGCCGAACAGAGAGACACAGGGCAGAACAGAGAGCCACAGAGACACAGAGCGGAACAGAGAGUCCCAGGGCAGAACAGAGAGACACAGAGCAGAACAGUGA